AUGUCGUAUCCGGAGCUUCCAAGCGCCUGCCGCCGACGGCCAGGGACGCUUGAUCGUGCUCGAGUCCCGUCCAAAUGGAGGAGGUAUGGAGGCGGCGUGUUUGCGGUCUCCGGGGACACUGUCAUUUCCUCCAACUACAAGGAUCAAAGGCUUUACAAGCAGUCCAUCAUUGGCCAAGGUUCUUCACCAUGUUGGAGCUAG